CCGUGCGUGCGCCAUUUUCACCCGUCAGUUCCAACACCAAAAAAUCUCCCAAUUUUGUCUGCUGGCAGCAGCAAUCAUCUUCCCAAAUUCCACUUCACAUCUUCAAUUCCUCGUCGUUGCCGUUGCUCUUACAAAAAGGCAUUUUAGUAAUCCAUGAAUCUCGAAUUUCCGCCGCCAUGAAUCCCGCCAAAACCUUAGCCAGAAUCCCCGCGCCGCCAAGUCUAACCCCGACCAAUAUUAAAUGGAACGACGUCGCUUUUCCAUUUUGUCGCAAACUCCCUGUUUUUGUGCCGACGAGAUCGGCGCGCCUGAUUCCUAACUCAGUUCGCACCGUUGCGUCGGAUUUUACUCCCGCUGGAGUUUCUCAGAAUCCAGAGCGAGAGAAAUCGGAUGGAUUAGAAGAGAAUAUAGAGAAGGUUAUCUACGGAUGCCGGUUCUUCGCAAUCCUCGCGGUUGGGGGAUCGCUUAUCGGAUCGUUUCUUUGUUUUAUCAAGGGUUGUGUUUAUGUUGUAUCGUCGUUUCAAGACUAUCUAUUGGACCGUGGGAGAGUGAUCUCAUCCCUCGUUGAGGCUACUGAUGUCUACCUUCUCGGAACUGUGAUGUUGGUGUUCGGAAUGGGGCUGUACGAGCUCUUCAUCAGCAAUCUCGACAAAGCAAAAUCCACCCCAGACGGAAGCUCUACCUACAGAUCGAACUUGUUUGGCUUGUUCACUCUCAAGGAGCGGCCGCGGUGGCUGGAGAUAAAGACGGUGAACGAGCUGAAAACGAAACUGGGGCAUGUCAUAGUGAUGCUACUGCUGAUUGGCUUCUUCGACAAGAGUAAGAGAGCGGUGAUACAAUCGCCUCUCGAUCUUCUUUGCUUCUCAGCUUCAGUACUCCUCUGUUCCGGUUGCCUCUUCUUGCUGUCAAAACUAAACCACUGAAUUUCAUAAUAGUUUAGUGUUCAAAUUCUGUGAAAUAGGUAAAUCCAGCUCUUUUGCAAUAUGUUGGAGUAUCUUCUAUACUGAAUUAAUGGUUACCUAUUUAACCGAGUUGAUGUACAGAAUUUCAUGCUAACUUUGUCUUUGAUUUAAUAGAUGGGAAACCGAAAAUUUUAAUGUAGUA